AUGAAAACGAAUAAUAAAUCGCAUUUUCAUCCAACCAAAGGUGGUACACCGGGUGGUCAACGGGAUAAAAAUAACCGUGGUCAAGGAAAACGAAAGGACAGCUUUUUUCGAGAAGUUUCCAGGACGGAAACUAACGCGUCUCAACGGCACAGUAAGCACAAACAAUCUGGUGGUGGUGGACGACCAUCCGGAAAGCAUGGCCAAGGAGUGCACAAAACUGUAGCAUUCAAACCAAAGCAUAAUAAUCGUCAUGGAAAGGAAGGCAAACACCCGAUGAGUGGGCACAAAAAUAAUGGUCGACCGCAAACUGGCAAGCAGCAGGAUCGACACAAAAACCAACGCCCAUCCGUACCGGCAAAGCAGACUGCCGCAACUGAAAUCCGGUAUGAUAGCAAGCCGGAAAAGGUAAACUAUUGUCUGGCACCGGAACGUGUGGAAGCUCAAUCACGAGCGAUAAAACAUUUCGAGCGGCAAGAACGAGAGCAGCAGUUCGAGCGAAAGAAGCAAGAUCGCCAGCAGAAGCACAAAAUGAUGACGCAGAAAACGCGCAAAGGACAGCCGGUAAUGCAGGGCCGGUUAGAGCUGCUGUACGAGAAGGUUAAAAAGGUGGUCGGAGUGCAGUGA